UCCGCACCCACAGUUGAGUUCGUUAACACUACAAGCGCUUAUGUCGUAGCGGUUUGUUUGCCUUAGCAGCGAACAGUGUGAGCAGCGCGUUGUUUCUAGUUUUGUAUUAAUUUAAUGAAAAAUGUGUGAGUGCUGUGGUUUUCGUGCUAUGAAAACAUGGAACUCGAUAAAAGUGGCUUGCUUGGAGUGUCUUACGCCUUUGUGCGUCAAGUACGAGCUGAGUAAAAUGCCUAAAAGGACCAUAAUAUUAUUAGUAGCUGGUCUUGACGGAGCGGGAAAGAGCACGGUAGUUAAUUAUCUAUUCAACAAAAGUUAUCUUCCAAAAUCGACCGUCGUACCAACAAUAGGGUUUAGAACGGUAACAUUCAAGUAUAAAAGGCGCCUGACAAUACGAUUAUACGACGUCGGCGGAAGUCCGCAGAUUCGAGAACUUUGGAAAAAAUAUUACGAAGAAGUGCACGGCGUCAUAUACGUAGUGGACUCUAGUGAUAAUAAACGGCUUUUCGAAACAGCACAAGUCUUUCAAGAGUUAGCAUGUCAUGAUUUUAUUACUCAGAAGCCAAUUUUAAUUCUGGCUAACAAGCAAGAUCAGAGAAUUACUUUGAAUGAAAUGAAUCUCAUUGAUUUCAUGAAUCUCUACAGAGUUGCCAAUUUUUCACGAUGUUUCACAAGAGUUGAAAUUUGCACCUGCUUUCGGGAUAGAAAUAAAAAUUUCAAUUUGAAUAAGUCUAUUGAUAAGGGAUUCGAGUGGCUCAUUAAUAUGAUUGAUUAUAAUUAUGAAGAUUACGAAAGAGAGAUGGAACAAAGAAGAGAAAAACGCAAAGCACUUAGGCAAGGAUCUGCAAGGUCUUGGGCAGCUCAAAAAAUACCAAAUCCGUUCGAUUAUCCUGACACGGAUUCCGAUACGUAUGGAAAGCCGAUUAUCCCGAAUGACGAGUUACUAGAUAAACAGAGAAAAGCGCGCAAGAAGAGAAAAUCUUUGAUGAAUCUAUUCUGUAGAUCGAGAAACAAGACUGCACCUUUACCGGAAGAAAACAAUGUACCGACAAAACAAGAAAUGAAGGAAUUAAUUAGAAGCAUAACAAUAGAAGACCUGAUCAGAAACACUCAGGUCCAGGAAGAUGCUAUCGUGCAGUACAGAAGACCGAAAAGAUGGCGAAAGAAAAGGCCAACUACUGCACCGUCAAAAAUCGAGCUACCCUCUGAAGUUCAGGUACACGCCAGUCAAGAAGGAAAGAUAGAGAAAACAGUAGUACAAUUAAAUCAACAAGGCAAGAGUAGUGACGUAACGACAGUACAAAUUAACAAUCGAAAUGAUGCAGAAGAGGUAAUAGUUGAAGCUAACGUAGAAACAAGUGGAUCUGAAGCGAGAGUGGAAGUUAUCGAAGAGAUUGUGUAGUUUUGCAACAAAACAAAAUAUUUCAAAUAUUUUGAUAACGCUCUAUAUCUUUUUUUAAUCGAAGAAAAACAGAUUUUCUUACAGUCUUUUCAUUUUACAAAUAAAGGAUUUUUCAAGCUGUAAAUUUUUUGUUUUAAUUAACCCACGAACAUUAUAUCUUAGUAGAAAUAUGAAAGCGUUCAUGCUGUUAUACAUCACGCAAUCAUCGUGAUUCUAUCGACCUGCUUACACUGGAAAGUUAUAUUAUAUAUUAUUUCAAUAUUUAAAGAAAUAAUCGAGCACAUUCUCUGGCGUCGAUCACGUAGCAAAGCUGACGGAAGAGAAGCAAAAACGUUAAAAAAAUAAUCGAUGAAAAAGUAGUCGAACCGUGGCAAUAGCAGCGUUAAAGCGAGAAGCUCGUAAAGAUCGGUCGCGGUAAGGGCGCGCACGAUCGAUGCGCGUUUACUGCUCUCGCGCGAGCGCGCUCGAUUCGAAUGGUUGGUAAUGGUUGCUCAUGGGGCAACGAGAUGGUCGAAAAAAAAAAAUUCACGAUCAAGCAAUCAACCAGCCGAUUAACCGGCAAUUUCAUACAAAGUUCUUUCUCCUCGCGAGAGAGAAAGAGCGCGGCUCCUAGGGGAUCUGCUGCUCGAGAG